CCAUGCAGCCACCACCACCACCAGUCUGCCAUGCUGCCCUCUGUCUUAACGGUGGGACCUGCCAUGAGCUGCAGAGGCCCAGUGGAGCUUUGUCCUUCUACUGCGACUGCCCCCUACACUUCACUGGACGUUUCUGUGAGAAAGAUACCACAAUAUUCAUCCCCUCGUUCAACGGCACAUCGUACUUGGAGCUGCCUCCCCUUGUCUCUCUGCUGCAGUCUCCUGGUGCCAGCGCAGAUCCCUCUCACCCUGCCAAAGACACCACUGUUACCCUGUAUCUGACUGUCAAAACCAGAGCUACACAGGGCACCAUCCUCUACACUCGGGAAGAGAAUUUAGGUGAUCGGUUUCUCCACGUGUUGCUCCAGGAUGGGAUCCCUGUGGUAAAACUGGGAUGUAGUGGUGUCCAGGUGUUGAAUGCAGACGCAGGCCAAACCAUCAACACUAACAGGCAGACAUCCAUCAGAAUACGAUAUGGGCUGCCUGUCGGUAGGAGUGGAGGGUCAUGUAUGAUUGAAAUAGCAGUAGAUAAUGGAACAGUGAAACGUCAGGAGGAAUCCUUGUUCCAGCCUGUGUCAGAGGUAGCGUUGGGGCCUAUAUUCCUGGGGGACGUCCCCUCCCAUAGGGAUCAGCCUGCCAGCACCAGGGAGGUGACGGGUUUUGUAGGCUGUAUCAGGGAGCUGCAGGUCAACAAUAAGGACAUCUACAUAGCAGGAGAGGCACUGGGAGGGAGGAACAUCCACAACUGUGACACACCUGUCUGUCAGCACCUGCCCUGCCGCAAUGGAGGCACCUGUGUCAGUGAUGCAGAGGACUGGUUCUGUGAGUGCCCUCCUCUCUACUCUGGUCGGCUCUGCCAGUUCACAGCCUGUGAGUGGAGCCCCUGUGGUCACGGAGCCACCUGUAUCCCCAAGUCCCACCAGGAAGCUGUGUGUCUCUGCCCUUACGGAAGACAGGGCCUGCUGUGUGAUGAUGCCAUCAACAUCACCCGGGCCAGGUUCAGUGGGAAUGAUGAGUUUGGGUACACCUCGUUCAUAGCGUACUCCUCCAUCCCCAGUCUCAGUGUCUACUACGAGUUCCAACUGAAACUAACGUUCGCCGACAGAGCCUCAGCUCUGAAGGACAACCUCAUCCUCUUCUCUGGACAGAAAGGACAGGGCAUUGAUGGAGAUGACUUCCUAGUUCUGGGGGUUCGGAAUGGCAGAAUUGUUCACAAGUUCAACCUUGGAUCUGGUGUGGGAACCAUGGUCAGCGACCGGCUGAACCGUGAGAUCGAUAUCCACACUGUGAACUUUGGCAGAUCUAAGAGAACAGGAUGGUUAAAGGUGGACGGACAGAGAAACAGGACAGGCUCUUCUCCAGGCCACCUGGCAGGUCUCAACGCGCAAAGCCAAGUCUUUGUAGGAGGAUAUAAUGAAUAUACUCCUGAACUACUGCCCCUCGGAUCCAGGUUUCGCAAUGGCUUUCAAGGUUGCAUAUUUGAUCUGGAGUUUCGGACGAGGAGAGACGGGAAGUUCAUAGCGUUGGGGAAGCCUGAGGGUCGUCCGAACUCUGGCCGUAGCGUGGGUCAGUGCGGGGUCACACCCUGCACCCUGGUGACAUGCAGAAACGGAGGAACCUGCGUGGACUCUGGAUCCUCUGUCUACUGCCAGUGCCCAUUCGGCUGGAAGGGAGCACUCUGCUCUGAGACCGUGUCUGUGUGCGACGCUGAACACCGUCCCCCUCCCUUGUGUGCCCGUGGUUCCACCUGCGUACCCCUUCCAGACGGAUACACCUGCCUCUGCCCCUUGGGCACCGGCGGACUGCACUGUCAGCAAGCCAUGGCCAUCAGUGACCCGUUCUUCAGCGGUAACCAGUCAUCCUGGAUGUCUUUCCCUCCAGUCAGCAUCAGACACAGGACAGACCUCAGGCUGCAGUUCCAGACUCUGUCACCAGAGGGCAUCGUCUUCUACACAGCACAGCACCUCAGUGCCCGGGCCGGAGACUUCUUCUGUGUGUCCCUGACAUCGGGGUUGGUCCAGCUGCGUUACAACCUGGGUUCUGGAACCAACGUGUUACAGUCCACUAACAGAGUGGACACCAGCGGAGGGACCUGGCACACGGUGAGGGCAGGCAGGACAGGCCACCAGGGGUACCUGGUUCUGGACGGGCUGGAGGUGAAGCAGAACAACACAGAGGGAGGGAUGUCCACUCUGGACGUGGCCACGGACCUCUUCGUCGGCGGGGUCUCUGACUUGAGCUCCAUCUCUACGUUUUCCGUGGAGAACGAGCCUGUGGGUUUUACCGGAGGCGUGAGAGAGCUGGUCUUAAACGGACACGACUUUGACCUGACGGCGACAGGGGCCCUGGGAGGGGCCAAUGUGGGCGACUGGGAUGGGACUGCGUGCGGGUACAAGGUGUGCCAGAACGGCGGCCGCUGUACUGCGUUGAGCGGCGCCGAUUCGGACUCGUUUAUGUGCACCUGCCCUCCUCGGUGGACGGGUCCUGUGUGUAACCAGUCGGUGUAUUGUGUCAAUAACCUGUGUCAACAUGAGUCAUUGUGUUUCUCUGAUCUUGUGACUGGCUCAUACGACUGUUUCUGUCCUCUCGGGUGGGAGGGGAGGUACUGCGAUAAGCAGGUCGGCCUAUCCAUGACCACUCUGAAGUUCGUUGGGAAAUCAUAUCUGAAAUACAGGGAUCCUAAAUUCAACACACGGAAUCUGAGGUACACGCAGGUUUCGUUUAACUUUACAGCCAGCGGGAACGAAGGGUUGAUUCUGUGGAUGGGAAGAGCGGAGCACGAUGAUGACGAUUACCUUGCUGUCGGGCUUCAGGCGGGCCACCUCAAAAUCGCAGUCAACCUCGGAGAGAGGCUCUCCCUCCCGCUCACUUUCAGAAACGUCACGUUGUGUUGCAACAAAUGGCAUUAUUUAUCGAUCUCUCUGAACAGUACCCUUAUUCAGGUGUUCCUGGGUGACGAGAGGGUCCUUUUCGAAGACGUGGACCCCUUCGAGCGUUACGUUGCCAUGAAUUACGGGGGUCUGUUGUACUUGGGAGGGUUCGAGUUGCACAGGAACAUCUCAACAGUGACGUCUGGGCUGUUUACCAAAGGAUUUGUGGGAGAUCUUAAAGACGUGCGUUUGUAUCAGGACCCCAGACAACUGCACUUCCUCCAAAACAGCGAAGGAUUUAAUGUUCACAAAAGUAAUGAGUAGUUCUGUAACUUGUGAAAAUAGGUGAUUAAUGUGUUGUGAUAAAGAAAUUCAUAGAAUUGGUUUCUAGAAUGUAAUAAUUUAAGUUCUUUAUACACUAUUUGUAUGGCAAUCCAAGUUGUAUUCAUUAUGCACCAAAUGGAAGAAAACACAAACAGGGAGGACAACUUCCUGGAAGUGUUAAUAAGCGUUUGUGUUGUUUUUUAAAAUCCAUUGUGUGCCCUGAUGAACACAACUCUGAUGGUUUAUACCCUGUGUAUUCCUAAUAUUGAGUUGCUCCCCUCCCUUUCACCCUCAGA